AUGUAUAUUCCUUACCCUUUACCUCGUUCAAAUUUGGUCGAAGAAGAUUCAGAAAUCAGUGCCAAAAACCAACCCGAGUCCCAAUUACCAAAAAGGAAAAAGCAAAAGGCAAUGCCUUUUUCUCAGCUCCUUACCAAUGAAGCAUUGUUAAAAUCAUUAAGAGACACAGAAGAAGCCACUAAAAAAAAAGCCAAUGAGAUAAAAUGUAAAAAAAAAACUACAGCUCAAAAACAACUAGAACAGGAAACUAAAAAGGCACAAAGGGAAGAAGCAAAAAAAAAAAGUUAA